UUCAGUAAAUCAAAACAUACCCUAAUUUAAUUUUAAUAUCUCAUGCUAAAUUAUAUACAAAUUCAUUACCGUUCUCCAUACUAGGUAAUGUGAUACCGUCUACCGAAGGUGGCCGAAAGAAUAGCAAAACCCUUAAACUAAUACCUUCAUUUACUAUGCUUGAUGAUUGCAAACUGUACUUAAACGCGUAAAGCAGUGAUUAAUAGACAAAUCGAAAUCAAAACCAAAAACCUCAUUGAGUAUUCAUACCAUAAAUCCUGUAAUAAAGCAAGAACACAAACCCCAAAAAGAACAUACCACUCACCCAAAAAAUCAAAUAUACAAUCCCAAAUUAUAAAGAACACCCCAGAAAAAUAAAUAAAUAAAAACUUUUACUCUUUAUUAGUCCCACUUUAAACCCCACCAAAAAAAAACCCAACCAUAAAUUGAAACAUACCCAAUAAAUUUUUUCAAAAAUCCCAAGAAAAUGACUAAAAUGGGUACCAAAAUUUCAAUCUUACAACCCCAAAUUCUCUCAUCUCUUCUCUUUUUCUCUCUCUUCCCCUGUUUUUCCUCUGCUUCAAAUGACUACACAAAAUUGGUAUACAAAGGAUGUGCAGACCAAAAAUUUCCAGACCCAUCUCAAUCAUACACUCAAUCUCUAAAAACCCUUUUCAAUUCACUCAUUCCUCAAUCAGAAAAAUCAAAUUUCAGCAAAACAACAGCAGGAGAUGACACAGAAUCCGCCAUUUUUGGGCUAUACCAAUGCAGGGGAGACCUAAAUUCAGUUGAUUGUUACAAUUGUGUAAGCCAAUUCCCAAAAUUAGCAAGUAAAUACUGCGGUAGCAGCUCAAUUGCAGCAAGAAUUCAGCUAAUUGGGUGUUACAUGAGGUUUGAAAUUGUUGGGUUUAAGCAAGUAUCAAGCACUGAAUUGCUGUAUAAAUACUGCAAGAAAGGCGAUAUCGGAAGCGGUGUCGGGUUCGAAGGGAGAAGAGAUAGCGCGUUUGAGGAGGUGGAGAGUGGGGUGGUCAAUGGUGGUGGGUUUAAGGCGGCGAGUUUUGAGUCAGUGUAUGUGUUGGGUCAAUGUGAAGGUGAUUUGGUUGGGAGUGAAUGUGGAGAAUGUGUGAAAACAGGGUUAGAAAGAGUGAAAGCAGAGUGUGGUGAUGCUGUUUCUGGUCAAGUGUAUUUGAAUCAGUGUUAUAUCAGUUAUACCUACUAUCCUAAUGGGGUGGAUGGUGAGAAGGCUUCUUCACCAGGGACAAGGCACGGCACAGCAAAAACAGUGGCCAUAGUGGUGGGAGGUACAGCAGCAGCAGGUUUUGUGGUUGUUAUUCUGCUGUUUACCAAAUCUGUGUUGAAGAAAAAAUCUACCAAAUAUCAUCAUUAUGGUGGAUGAUCGUAUUAAUAUAAUUUUUUAUGUAUA